AUGGCCUCUCAGAUACACACUCUGCCUCCUCUUCCCUAUGCCUACGAUGCAUUGGAGCCCGUCGUCUCCAAGCAGAUAAUGGAGCUGCACCAUCAGAAGCACCACCAAACAUACAUCAACAAUUUGAACGCAGCACUCUCCGCCCAAGCCUCCGCAACAGCGUCAAAUGAUGUUCCCACCUUGAUUUCAUUGCAACAAAAGCUCCGCUUCAACGGUGGAGGCCACAUCAACCACUCCUUGUUCUGGAAGAACCUGACUCCCCCGGGCACACCUGCCAAUGACAUCGGUGGCGCCCCCGCUCUGAGUGAAGCCAUCGUCUCCCGCUGGGGCUCGCAUGAAGCAUUUGUCAAGGCUUUUGGCGCCGAGCUGCUUGGUCUUCAGGGGAGUGGCUGGGGAUGGCUGGUGAGCAAGGGUGGUGCCAAGGGACGACUUGAGAUCGUUACGACUAAGGACCAGGACCCUGUCAAUGCGCCUGAUGUGCCUGUCUUCGGUGUGGAUAUGUGGGAGCAUGCCUACUACCUCCAGUACCUUAACAACAAGGCUGGCUAUGUUGAGGGAAUUUGGAAGAUCAUCCACUGGGCGGAAGCGGAGAAGCGUUACACUGCUGGUGUUGAAAACCCGUUGAAGCUGUGA